AGAGUGAGAAAGCUGGCACAAAAGGAAGGGCAGAGAGAGAGAGAGAGAGAGAGAGAGAGGAGGGAGUGAAAACAGUGUGAUCCUCCUUGGGAAAAGUACACAUUUAUUAUCCAGGUCUCCUGUGUGCAUCAUUUAUAUAAAGCAGCUGAAUGGCACAACGGAGAGAAGAUAAAAGCAGCAGCUUCCAAUCUGUCAGGUUGAUGAGGUGCACCCAGUAGAUCUCCAGCAGCUUGAAACCAUUCAGGAGCUUUUUUAAGUGCUGAAAAGAGCAAAACCAAAGUGAACAGAGCAACCACAGCAAUGACUGCUGCAACGGCUCAGGAUCUUGACGAGCUAUGUUUCCUGUCAGCGCAGUCGAUGCCCAGCCUGAAGGUGUCUAAUCACUUCAAGAUGGUCAAACUGCUGGGAAAAGGGUCUUACGGAAAGGUCAUGCUGACUGUACACCGAAAGAGAGGGACCCCGAUGGCUCUAAAAUUCUUCCCACGUCAGUCUACCUCUCUUACAUCUUUCCUACGAGAAUACAACCUCUCCCUGUCCUUCUGCACGCAUCCCUCUCUGACACGGGCUGUUGGCAUCUUCUUUUCCACCCCAACCUACUAUGUCUUUGCCCAGCAGGCUUGCCUGUACGGGGACCUGUACGAUGUGAUCGCAUCAGAGAAAGGGGUGGAUGAGGACUGCGUGCAGAGGGUGAUGGCCCAGUUAAGUGGUGCCGUUUCCCACCUCCACUCUCUGGGCUUCGUGCACCGGGACAUCAAACCUGAGAACAUCUUCCUGUGUGACAGCUCCUGCCGCUGGGUCAAACUGGGCGACUUUGGCCUCACUCGUGCCAUUGGCACCUGUGUCCGUGCUGUCUGGUAUGAGUCGCCCUUCUGUACUCCUGAGGUGGCGCCAGCUAAAGAGUUUGACAAGCUGAUGGAGCAGCGGGAAUCCAAAGAGACUGAAGACGAGGAGGACAUUUGGAUCAUAGUGCGACCGUCUAUUGACAGCUGGGCCCUCGGUGUGUUGACCUACUGCCUGCUAACAGGCUGCUUCCCCUGGGAGGAAAGCACCCAGGAUGACACUGGCUACCGCAGAUACAAGGAGUGGUUUGAUUGUGAGGCUGAAAAGAAGGAGACGAUUAGCGAAGAAGUCAGGAAGGCAAACCAAAGGGUUGGCUGUCUUCCAUCACAGUUUGUGGGCCUCAGCCCGCUCGUGAUGACUCUGCUCCAAGAGCUCCUCCACCCUAACCCUGAGCUUCGUGGAAGACCUGAUGAGAUCUUGUGCUAUCUGGGCGGGCCGUGGCUGAUGGAGACAGAAAGACAGGAGGCGAGGAAAGCAGAGGAAGCAAAGAAAGAAGCCAAAAAAAUAAGGGAGGGAGGAGGAGUAGAAGGGGAACUGGUGAAGGAAGGCAGAGGGGAGAGAUAGAAAUUUAUAUGUAAAUAUGUUCAGAAUGCUGUAUUUGUUAUAAAAAUGAAAUGUAUUUUUGGUGUUUUAAAAUCUAUUUCAAAGGAUCUAUUUAUUUUUUAAAUAAUUAUAACCCCUAACAUAACUUCUGUUGCUGUGCAAAUUACAGUGUUUCUUUAUGAACAGUGUAGAUAAUAUUAAAAUGAUUAUUGUACUAAAAAAGAUGUAUUAUAAUGAU